UCAUUCAUUGCUUACCACAGUAUGGCCGGCGAUAUUAGCUAGCACUCGCUCACGGUAUUCUCUGUCAAAGGGAAGACGGCAAAACUAAGAAAAUACACCUGGAUUGUUACUUAAGGACUGUACUUAUAAUAAAUUAUUCCGGUCAAGCAAGGACUGAAUAACUACGGUUACCAGCGUUUAUUUUCUGUUGUCGGCGUCUGUUGUCUCACGAUGGAGGAGAACGGUGCACACUUCUUCGAGGGGACGGAGAAGCUGCUGGAGGUGUGGUUCACCCGGCAGGACGAGGCCAAGGGGACCGGCGACCUCCGCACCAUCCCGAGGUUUGAGUGGGACAAGCUUCUGGAGAAUGUGCAUUGUUUGAUCAUUAGUGUGACAAAGACUGACAGACAGGAAGCUUAUAUACUCAGUGAGAGUAGCAUGUUUGUCUCUAAGAGACGGUUCAUUUUGAAGACGUGUGGAACCACCCUCUUACUGCAAGCCCUGGUCCCCCUGCUGGAGGUGGCCCGCCAGUACUGCGGCUUCGACGCCAUCAAGAACUUCUUCUAUUCCCGAAAGAACUUCAUGAAGCCCACGCAGCAGGAAUUCCCUCAUCGUAACUUCCAGGAGGAGGUCGACUUCCUGGCUCAGAUCUUCCCAAACGGAGCUCCCUACUGUAUGGGCCGUUUGAAUUCUGACUGCUGGUACCUGUUCACCCUGGACCUGCCGGAGUUCUGGGAGAACAAACACGCGGACCAGACCCUGGAGGUUCUGAUGAGUGACCUGGACCCAGCCAUCAUGGACCUGUUCUACAUGAAAGACGGGGUUUCUGCUAAUGAUGUCACUCGUAUGAGUGGAAUACGUGACCUGAUCCCAGGUUCAGUGAUUGACGCCACGAUGUUUAACCCUUGUGGCUACUCCAUGAAUGGAAUGAAAACGGACGGUACCUACUGGACCAUCCACAUCACUCCAGAGCCAGAGUUCUCCUACGUCAGCUUCGAGACCAACCUCUCCCAAACGUCCUACGAUGACCUCGUCCGCAAGGUCGUGGACGUCUUUAAACCUGGAAAAUUCGUCACAACGCUUUUUGUGAAUCAGACCUCCAAGUGUCGCAGUGUGUUCUCCUCGGCCCAGAAGCUGGAGGGCUUCCGCCGCAUGGACCGCCAGCUGGCCCAAUUCAACGACUACAACUUCGUCUUUACUAGUUACGUGAAAAACCACAACCAGCAGAGCUGAGAGAUGAAGGAGAGGCGUAGUAAGAAGGGCGCGUGCGGGGGCUGUGGCCCCUGCGUCCGUCCGCCCCCCCCGGGGGAGCCCACCUCUCUCCUCCGUCCUCGUCCCCCGUGUCUCCGCCUGGCCUCCGGCGGACCUUGUUGUUGUACCUUUGACUUAGAACUCUUGCAUGACCGCUCUUUUCUCUGUUUAGAUAUGCUAGCUCAUUCUUGCUGUGAUGUUGACGUGCAUGUUUGGGAAUUAAACAUGCACCCUGCCAGCAGGCCAUUCCUGCCCUCCUCCCCCCUCCUCCCCCACACCCAUGGGUCCUCCCACCUUCUUCUGUGCACACAGAGCUCCUCCCCCCUCAUCGCCCACAUUCAUGGCUCCACCCCUCUCCUCCCCGCUCCUGAAGGCUCCGCCCCCCUCCUCCCUCGCACACACGGCCCCUUCCCCCUCCUCCCCUGCACACAUUGCUCCUCCCACCCCCGCCGCCUCCCCCUCAUACACGGCUCCUCCCACCUCCUGCCCUGCAGACAUGGCUCCACCCACCUCCUCUCCCACAGACAUGGCUCCUCCCCCCUCAUCCCCAACAGACAAGGCUUCCGAGCCCACUAGGACCGCCCCUGACAUGCUCAAAUGGCCUCUGAUUGGUCCCCACUGCUGAUGUGUGUAUUGUACUCACGACUGCACUUUAGACGAACUCCACCCCUCCCCCCCCCCCCCCCUGGAUAAUAUGAUAUUACGAUAAUGAAUAUAAAUAUGCUCCUACAGCCGGGAGCCGGCCGCCAGGAGGCCUGAAUGGGUAACAAAGAGAUGUGCUUGUUCUCCAACAAAACGCGUCCUCUGCCCGUUUCCACCCGCACACAAUGCAGCCUCCAUCUGAGCAUGUCAGGCGCCUCCCGGAUCAUUCCACACCACUGUCCAGACAUCUUUUUUUCUUUUCUUUCUUUGUGAAUUGGUCCAAAAUGUGUGCCCCUUGCAGUUUGGUAGUUAGUGGUUCCCCACAGCCCUCUAUCACAUGGGGGGGGGGGGGGGGGGGGGGGUUAGAGGGGUGCAUGUGACCACUAGCGAUGCUGCUCAGCAGUCUAGGGUUCUGCUGUCUUCCUCCCUCCACCCCCACCGGACCCUCGUCACCAACGCCACCGCUGGGCUCCCACCCCCGGGGGGGCGCCGGCGCCGUGCGGGGGGCUGAGCCUUUCCAGACAGAAAGAGCCAGGCAGCCGGCACGGACGCCCUGGGAGAGGGGCUGGGUAGACUGGGAGAGGUGCUGGGUAGACUGGGAGGGGUGCUGGGUAGAGGGGGAGAGGGGGAGGUGAGUGAGAGGUGAUGGUUUGCCUGGGAGAAGUGGUAGAGAGGUGAUGGGUAGUGGUAGAGAGGUGAUGGGUAGUGGUAGAGAGGUGAUGGGUAGUGUGGGGGUAGAGAGGUGAUGGGUAGUGGUAGAGAGGUGAUGGGUAGACUGGGGGGCCGGUGCUGGGAGAGGGUGAGACCGGUGCCCCCCCCGGGGGGCUGGCGGGCGACGGUGCUCCAGGGAGGUUCAGAGGGGUCCUCCGGGUGGUUUGGGUGGUGUCGGGGUGUGGAGGACUGCAGCGCCCCUGGAGGUCGGAGGUCCAUCCCUCAGGCGACUAGAAGGCUCUGCGAGGAGGUCUGCAACAUGAAGGAAUAUGAGCCAGCAUUUUGACAGACUUUGUUUGGUCACCACGACCAGGCGGAGUGGAAUAUUAUUUUGAUACGUUUAAUUUUGAUAUACUGAAAUGCAAAUCAAAUGCUUCUUCCUUGUUUUAUUUUCAGGAAUAAUAGUUUUUUCUUACAACAUUAUUUGUUAGGAAUGCAUUUGGCAGCGGACCAAUAGAUCUCCCUGUUCGUGUGUUAUUCCCUCUAGUGUGGGUUAGGGUUAACUCGGUCGCCUGCUCAACCAGCGGUACUGGGGAGACUUUGCUGUUCAAAUUCUUUCUUUUGCUUUUCUUUGGAUGGUCAAGAUGUGCUAAUUAUAUCUGUACUACGAGCUUGGUGCUUAAAAUAAUAAAAUACUUAUCUGUGAAA